AUGAAGAAAGAAAUCGAAGCUUAUCUUGAAAGAAUGAAAGGAAGAGAUGAAGAGAGAAAUCGAAGCCCACCUGAAAAGAAUGAAAGAGUGGUAGUUAAUCAAGUUCAACUAACACGAUAUAUAGUAACCACCAAAGCCAAAAACGUAAUUCCAAAUGAAGAAGAGAUGAAGAGAGAAAUCAAAGCUCACCUUGAAAAAAUGAAAGGGUAG